GGCAAUCUAGCUGGAUUAGCCUUUUCUCGCUUCUACGGAACGUUUUAUACGUUAGCUACCGGAUGUUAGCUGGCUAGCUAUAUAACAUUUUGAACACAGGAUAUAUUUUAGUAUCGUUAGAAGUUGUGAUUAAAUCAUCCUCAGUUGCAGUACAUUUUAGUGCAUUCGAUUUGGUAUCAACAGUAGUUACUUGGAACGUUAGUUGCAUUGAAGAGAAGCAAGCCGACUACUUUAAUUUGGAUCGAGUCGCCAAAUAUUAACGUGGCAGGUAUACUGUCGAAGUCAGUUCAAUAAAUCCGCGUACGACCCACUUGCUAGCUAUGUCUGAUAUGCUGAUAUUAGCUUUGAUAAUCUUAUUUCUACUGAGUCUACUUGUGACUGUUGUUGGGUUCGUGCUAUACUCCGGGCUGCUAUCUGAGAUAACCAUUGGAACUGGCUCUCCUCCGAUCAAGAAUAUUACAAUUGCCUACAAAUACAAAGUUGGACCAUACAAAGACUGCGGAGCACUCUUCACCGAAAGCUGCAGUAUUGGACCCAAGCUCAACUGCAUUGGAGUGUUUUAUGAUAACCCUAAAACGUACCCAGCAGAAAAGUGCCGCUGCGCGGUGGGUAGCAUCCUGAGUGAGGGGGAUGAGCAGCCAGACGAGGAGCUGGUGCGCCUCUAUGAGAAAUUCGGCUUCAAGGUGUUCUCCUUCCCAGAGGUGACGCACGCCGUCACCACCUCCUUCCCCAACAGAACCCCCAUAUCUUUCCUGCUGGGGAUGUACAGGGUCUAUCCUCAGCUGUGGAGAUAUGUCAAGGAGCGUAAGCUGUGCGCCCACCCCUUGAUGGAAAUCUACAAGGAUCAGCUGAUCUACUACAUGUGCCCGCUGGCACGCCAGAGCGACUUCAGUGUACCUGAGAUGGACGACACAGAAAAGAAGCUGCAAGGCAGGGAGGAGUCUGAGGAGGACAGACAGACAGAGAUCACAGGUGCUGACUCCUGCAGUGAGGUCAGCUCUGUGAGCCACACGGUCAUGUCAGAGAGCCGAGAGACGUCGUUGGCCCCGUCCACAGUGCCUACCCUGCUGGACCAGGAGCCCAGGGACAGCGACUCUCAGAGUGACCGCAGCGGCAUCGCCGAGUCCGAGGACAGCGGCUCCUCCUUCGAGGAACUGGACUUUGAGCCAGUGAAGGGACAGGAGAAUGAGGAUGGCCCACAGGCUAAGGAGGUGACCGGCACGGACCCAGAGGUCCUCGCUGAUGAGCAGGCCACUGUGGGAGAGGGAGAGGAGUAA